CCACCGAGUGUCUAAGUUUACGUCCGUGACAGACUGUUGACAUGCUGUCAAAUCAAUGUGUUUCGACAGUGGCGGUGUGCGUUUGAUGUGUGAGAGAUGUGUGAACAGGCGGUGGAGUAUUUUCACAGUCGGAGUCUGAUAAAGAAUAAGGAUGCUGCCGAGGUGAGAUGGUCUCACGCAGCGAACAGCAGGAGCAGACUGACCAAAGCUCUUAACGGUCCCACCCAUAUGAUUGAAGCUGACAUAAUCAUGAGAGGUCAUGACCCUAAAGACCCAAUCAUGGCCCACCCCCCUGACACUGACAGUGACAUCACACUGAAGGAGUGGCUUGAAGCAGUCCAGCUGCGUCCAAAGGGUGUCAAACUAGACUUCAAGAGCCUGGAGGCAUUGUCUCUCUCCACCACCCUGUUGCAGGAAGUGCUGCCUUACAUCCAUUGUCCAGUGUGGAUCAAUGCUGAUGUCCUCCCAGGGCCCGGAGGUGAAGCCACACCAUUGGAGCCUCAAGCUUUCCUGGCUGUUGUGACGACUCUUCCCAGUAACGUCGUGCUCUCCCUUGGCUGGACCACCAGCUGGACUGCUGGGAUCGAUAACCCAGGUUACAGUUGGGACAUGAUGCAUGAGAUGGAGGACAUGUGUGGAGGCCUUAAACAUCUGGUCACAUUCCCAGUGCGUGCGGCUCUUCUGGCCAAGUCCUUUUCUCAGCUUUCAUGGUUGCUGCAACAGUCCAGCAGGUAUUCUCUCACAGUGUGGACGGGCCAGAAUGACGAGUUCACAAUACAGGACCUGCUUCCUUACAGGACCCAGAUGGAUGUCAGCAGAAUCUGCUAUGACCUGCCAGAGAGUAUGAGGACGGAGCUCACAAACACAUUACAAGAUCAUGUGUGCACCUCAUGAAAUACGUUCUUUAUUUCAGUGACUUUGCUGAACAUGUCAUUUAAAAAAAGACAAGUCAAUUUUCUGAAAUGUAUUUAUUUAGCCAAGGAGAGAAUUGUAUGACAAUCCAUGUGUUCCCCGUGGAGUCUUUUCUCUUCCCAUCACGAUCAUUCAAACAACAAUCAGCCAGGUCAUCCUGUCUGUUUUGAGGUUUUACUGUGUAUUAUACUUGUAUGUUUGUGCUGUAUCAUUACUGUACACCCGUGCAUGCAUGUACUGCAUGUGUGAUGAUGACAUCCAUCCACUUCUUCCACUUAGGGAGUUAGGAUACUGGGGCUGAGCCACUAGCGUCUAAUAUUGGAGCCAAAUUUCGUCGUGAACGUAUCGGCUCUUUCAAACGAAUGGCAGGAGCUGGUUUGCGCCGUUGGGAACCGAUUACUUUCUUCCUCGUCUUUUUUUCUGUUAAAGGUGAGUGUCAUUGGUCAAGAUGUGUGGCAGCGUCGCUGUGUCCACACUGAGCCCCCACUUUACACCACACUAUCUGGUGCCCUUGGAGCCGAUUCGUUCGUGAGAAAUUUGCAUAAAGAGAUUUGACCUAAUUUGUCUAUUGAGAUGUGUCUCCAUGUUUUUAUAAUAUAAAAUAUUUUUGUAGCUGCUCAUCGAGGCAUUCGAGGUUUAAAUAAAUCCAUUUAAUGAAUAAAUAUUUCAUCUUUUUUUACAUUAAUUCAUUUUACACAAUACACAUAAUUUGGUAUUAAAUUAAUUUAAGAUGACAUAAAAAUCUGCGGAGCCACUUGCGAGCCGAAUGAGCCGAGCCUAAAGAACCGUCUCUCUAAAAAGAGCCUAAAUUCCCAUCACUACUAUUCAUGUUCCAACUAGUGUUAGAGGGUUAGGGUUAGACGAUCCUAUUCAAGGUUGUCAUGUAUCCCGGCAAACUUCAGGUACAGUAAACGGCAGACUACCUGCUGGACCGGUCGCUGGUCAACCACAGCACACAAAAAAAGCCUGAAUCAAACCAACUUUUUAAAAACCCUUGUUUUAUAACGCAAUACAUUAUGUUACACUAAUAAUACAGUCAAAUGUUACAUGAAUUCUAUAUUACAUGAAUACAUUAGUAUUCUAUCAGUGUUGUGUUUUGAGGACCAGCAGCAGCAGCUGGCCUAACCACUACCAGAAGCACUGACCCAGACUUAGAACUUCAGUUCGACGCUCAACAAAAACAUGAAGGCAGCAGUUUUGCUUUUGCUCCCAUUUAUCAGGGGCUGAACUCCAAGAUAGAAUACAGUAUCUCUCAAAUAUUCACAAAUCAGUCCAAAUUUGUGUUAGUGAUCAUUCAUCAUUCAUAAUCUUAGCUGCCUCACAGGUGUGACAUAUCAAGAUACUGAUGAGGUGUGCCUUAGGUUGGCCACAAUAAAAGGCCACUCCACAAAUGUGCAAUUUAACUGAAUUGGAGAUGAUGCGAGGGGGUCCGAAAACCAGUUACGAUUUGCUGUCAACAUCAUUUGCCUCAAUUAGUGUAUCUAGAGCACCCCACACAUGCUUGCUGUCUUCAAAACAUGUUUGUUGUCCGUAACAUACGUGCUUGGCCGUACCAUAACCCCACUGCCACCGUGGACCACCCCAUCCACAGCACAGGUGCCUUUUGCUGCAUUGGUGGCAUUUUGAAUGCACAGCGAUAACGUGCUGAGAGCCUGAGGCCCUUUGCUGUGCCAUUCAUCCACAAGCAUCACCUCAUGUUGCAGCAUGAUCAUGCACGGCCCCAUGUUGCAGGGAUCUGUACACGAUCCCUGGAAGCUGAAAACAUCCCAGUAGUUUGGUGGCCAGCAUACUCGCCCGAUGUGUCACCCAUUGAGCAUGUUUGGGACGCCCUGGAUGGGUGUAGACGGUGUUUGAGGCAAAUGGUGGUCACACCAGAUACUGACUGGUUUUCGGACCCCCCAUGGACCACCCCCAAUACUGCACAUUUUGGAUGGCCUUUUAUUGUGGCCAACCUGUGCAAUAAUCAUGCUGUCUCCUCAGCGUCUUCAAAUGUCACACCUGUGAGGCAGGUCGACUAUAAAAGAUGAAUGCUCUAACACACUGAGACAGAUUUGUGAACAAUAUUUGAGAGAGAUAGGCCUUUUGUGUACAUGGAAACAGUUUUAGAUGUUUUCAAUCAGAUUUCAACUUCUAUGUGUUGCCAUAUCAAUGUAAUCUGCCCAGGGCCUUCACAAUCAGGAGUGCUGGCCCACGUCACAUACACAUUAGCAAUGGGGCGGAUUUCUGAUUUGCCUCACAGUUACGUCAGCAUUUUUCCAUCCUCUGAUUGAUGCCUGAAAGCUCUAUUUUUCAAAGCUUUCAGUGCACUUGAACGCAUCAUCACAUGAACACCGCAGAGUUGAAUGAAUCCUGUUCCAACACGAAGAAAGAAGACAGACACCGUGCUGGUCAUCGUUCUGUGUGAAGGAAGAAGUGUGUUUAAUGCAUAUUUGAUCAUCAGCCAGUGUUGAACACUUCCCCUGGUAGCGGGAGUGAGUGGGAGUGUGACGUGUGUUAUUUUGUUUUUGAUGUUUUUGUCAUGUUAUUAGAUAAAUAUUGACUGAACUGCCCCAGAUGAUGUUGUAGUGUAGAGGUUUGUGGGGUUAACUGGGUUUCUUGCUUUAGUAAUAUUGGUGUUGAUCCCCCGUGCUGACUGUGACGUGGUGGUGGUGGUAUUGAGAGGUGGAUUGGGCCGCUUAAGUCGUCACUGAAGGCCCAGGUACCAAAUAGUACGCUGAUAUUUGUGUUGAGUUGUUAUUGGCAACCAGAAAAGAAAUCAGCUUUUCCCUGAGUGUAGCCUUGUGCUCCUUUCUGGGAGUGAGAGAGAAACACUUUACUGAUUUACUGCAGUCACACAAUAACAAGCAAUUCAUUCCAUGCGCAAGCUAAGCCAAAGCACGAGUCGUGCAUGUCGUCCUUCAAAGUUUCCAAAUAGUCAAAAGAGGACGUGUGUACUUUCUCUUUUAAAAACUCGGUUCCUACUUUUGUUCAAAGUUAGCCAGCUGCUUGAUCUGCUCACUCUGCAUGGAGUGGCGCCUCCACAGCGUUGUAUGCGACUUCAGGUCCCUCGGGAAAAUAGGUUUAAAGCCACCUUUCACUGGUUUGCUGCUCCCAGUCCACGGGCACAAGGAGACGGAGCUGACACCAAUAUCUGGAAUCGGAGCAUGGAGGUUGAGAGGGGGGAGAUAACCAGGCCGAGUGGAGGCGAUGUGAUCCUGCAGGAGUGCCCCAGAGCCUCUUCGUUCCAGUCCAACAACCCCUCUUCGCUGAAUAGAACAAUCCAGAGACUCUCUGGAGCCCGACAGGGUGGAGGACCUGCUGUUUGCCAUCUUGGGCCUUGCUGGUCCUUUUGAGCUUCUGUCUUUGCUGCCAAACUGUGACAACUGAGAAUCCGAACUGUAAUGGUCAGCGCCAAUGUUACGUCGAAGAAUAACAUUUUGCAGACUCGAAACAUUGAACUGUCCAAGACCGUCGUAUGAACUUUCGCUGGCAGAGGUGGCUUCAGUGGAAAACUUGUUCUCCUGAUGCAAGUUAGGGUGUGAAGCGGAAUGCGGUGCACUUGCGGCGCUGUCAUAUGACAUCUUUCGAGCAAUGCGUCUUGCAUUUUGCCCCCUGCUGUCACUCCCUGACAGCGGUGCGUCUUUCACAUCCGUACUUUGGGGCUGACUGUGGAUGUUGAGGCCUCUGAAGGACAGCUCCUCCUCAGGUGGCGUUUCUACCCGCUCUUCUGUCAGCAAGGAGCUCUGGUUCUUCUGGAGCAGCGUGGGGGGACCUUUCGACCAUUGCUCUGAGUGUAAUCUCUGGAGACUACGGCGCUUAUCCACAUUAGAAACACGUAAUGGAAAACCUGGUUGAGAAUCACCUCGGCCAGGACACUGUGUACUUCUGAGAGGCUGGGGAGAACCCUGCGGAGAAAUUCGGCGCUGCAUGUUGUAUGGAGAAGCGCAGGUUGGAGUGCAGUGCAAACACUCGUCAAGGUCAGGGUGUGGAGGAACAUUUAAGUACUGCUUUGUGGUUUGAUGGCCAGAUGGCAGCUUGUUGGUGGUGAUAAUGAUGACCUCCUUACCCUUUGCUUUACAGGCGUCCAGGAGGAUCUUGAGGAUGUCCCUGUUGCCUGCAUUAAUGGCGUAAACUACCACUGACAAACCUGCCGUGUCCUCCACAGUUGGAUCAGCACCGUUGCUCAGCAGGAGGGACACAAUUUCACUCCCUGCCUCUGCGAGGCAAGCGUGCAUCAAGGCAGUUUUCCCACUCUUGUCUUGGAUGUUUGGAUCGGCACCAUUUUCCAGGAGAUACCUGUGGUAUUUAAAAGGUAGUAGUAGUGCUGGUAAUAUGUCUCACACCAAUUCAGACUAUACACUCAGUACGUUGACAUGCACGACACUAAAACACAAAAUGUUCCAACUUAAGUGACAAAAAAAACAAAUGCAGUCAUCCCUCGCAAUAUCCAUCCAUUUUGUAUUCCGCCUGUCCCCACUAGGGUUGCGGGGGUACGCUGGAGCCUAUCCCAGCUGACUGAGAGCAAAAGGCGAAGUACAACCUGGGCUGGUCACCAGCCAAUUACAUCACUCCCUUGAUAUAUCGUGUUUUUCAGAAAUAAAUAAAUGAAUUACUUCAUGACGGCUGUUUUGUGGUAGACUAUCAUGUCUAUGGUCUAUUAGGAGUCAAAACAUAUUGAAAUGCAAGUGUAUUCUAGUCACUAGGCAGCAGUAAUGGAUUACAUUACCCUACCUACACUCCAUGUAGCCAGCCAUGGAUGCAGAGUGAAAAAGGUUCUCCUCCCAUUCCAUGUGGAAGUGGUAAGUUUGUUCCUCAGCUUCUUGAGGAAGCUUCUUGUUUGAAACCCUUUCUUAAGUUUAGAAGAAAUACACCAGUGUUUUUGUUAGCUUGCUAGCUCGAGGCUGUCUAGAGCACUGAACUCUAUACAUGGAAUGGCCCCGAUCGCUUGCUGCGCAUUGGAGGCUUGAAGCCACCGGAAGUAUAGAAGUCGCCAUGUUGUUUCACCCAAAACAAGAAAGCCUAACAACUAAGGAGUUCGAGAUGCCGUCUUGUGCUGCGAUUAAUUGCACAAAUCGUGAUACUCAUGAAAAAUGCGAGAAGGGACUUACAUUUCACAGGUAGGUAAAUGCUUAUAAAUAAUAAAAAUAGUUUAAAAAUAGAUACUUUAAAUCUGUAAGCAUGUUUUCAUCUAACUAAUUGUAAAUGAGCCCUUAUUCUCCUUUAGAUUUCCACACUGCAAUGCUCAACGUCUAAAGCAACGGGCAGUAAAUGUGCGGAGAGACAGGAUGGAUGGAUUCCUGCAGCCACAUCGCAACUCUGUUCAAGUGUUUUCACCGAGGAGAACUUGGACAGGACCGGCCAGACCGUUAGAUUACGACAAAAUGCAGUUCCAACAAUAUUUGACUUUCCUGAUCAUCUUCUAAAGGUAUGCUAGCAUUUACCUUUGCUACUACGUAGAUGCUUAUCAUAAAUAUCUUGUGAACACUGACAUUGACUCGUUAUGCAUUGUAUCUUGGAAUGUAUGUAAGUAAGUAUGACAUUUUUAUUUUUUUUAUAUUGUUGCCUUCGGUGAUUUGCUACAUGUCAUCGUUUAAGCCAAAAUACGUAAUGGCUAUUAAAUGUAGCAAACUGAAAACAAACAAUAAUUUGACAAGAAAGUAUGUUGCCCAUACAAGCAUAUGUACUUGAAGUGCUUAUGUUUCUUAAAGAUCAUUUCAUUCAUGUCUGAUUUUAGAUUUCAGAACUCUGCGUGCCGAAACCCCCAAAAGUCAGGACACCAGUCAACCAAACUGAAAUUGUUUAAAUACA